UGGCUCAGGUUGGCGCGAAGGUGCGCAGCUCCGAGGCACGGAGGAGGCGGGAAACAAUAGCAAUAGUAGCAGGCCUUACUACCGAUAACCAGGGGGAGGAGCGCUGAGCAGCCGAAUAGACUGUGGGGAGGAGCGGAACGGAAAACGUGAGGAGACGUAUUGUAGCUGGGGAGCGGAGACUUGUGGGUUCUCUAAGACCGGGAUAAAGCGGGCAGCAUGGCAGACAAGGAAGCUGCUUUUGAUGAUGCGGUGGAGGAGCGUGUGAUAAACGAAGAGUACAAAAUAUGGAAGAAGAACACACCUUUCCUUUAUGACCUGGUAAUGACUCAUGCAUUGGAGUGGCCCAGCUUGACUGCUCAGUGGCUUCCAGAUGUCACUCGGCCCGAAGGGAAGGAUUUCAGCAUUCACCGUCUGGUUCUUGGAACUCACACGUCUGAUGAACAGAAUCAUCUUGUGAUUGCUAGUGUACAGCUUCCAAAUGAUGAUGCUCAAUUUGAUGCCUCUCACUAUGAUAGUGAGAAAGGAGAAUUUGGUGGGUUUGGCUCUGUAAGUGGUAAAAUUGAGAUUGAGAUCAAAAUAAACCAUGAAGGAGAAGUGAACAGAGCUAGGUACAUGCCUCAGAAUCCAUGUAUUAUUGCCACCAAAACUCCUUCCAGUGAUGUCCUUGUGUUUGACUACACUAAACAUCCAUCAAAACCAGACCCCUCUGGAGAAUGUAACCCAGAUCUCCGUCUUCGUGGCCACCAAAAGGAAGGAUAUGGCUUAUCCUGGAACCCUAACCUCAGUGGAAACCUCCUCAGUGCUUCAGAUGAUCAUACUAUUUGUUUGUGGGACAUCAGUGCGGUACCAAAAGAAGGAAAAAUUGUUGAUGCGAAAACCAUCUUCACAGGGCACACUGCAGUAGUGGAGGAUGUAUCUUGGCACCUAUUACACGAGUCCCUUUUUGGAUCAGUUGCAGAUGACCAGAAACUUAUGAUAUGGGACACACGUUCAAACAACACAUCAAAGCCCAGUCACUCCGUGGACGCCCACACUGCUGAGGUGAACUGCCUUUCCUUCAACCCUUACAGCGAGUUCAUCUUGGCUACAGGGUCAGCAGACAAGACAGUUGCGUUAUGGGACCUUCGUAACCUGAAACUGAAGUUACAUUCGUUUGAGUCUCACAAAGAUGAAAUUUUCCAGGUCCAGUGGUCUCCUCACAAUGAAACCAUACUGGCAUCCAGUGGAACAGACCGUAGGCUGAAUGUUUGGGACUUAAGUAAAAUUGGUGAGGAACAGUCUCCCGAAGAUGCAGAAGAUGGACCGCCAGAGCUUCUGUUCAUUCAUGGUGGCCACACAGCAAAAAUCUCAGACUUCUCAUGGAACCCAAAUGAGCCGUGGGUUAUCUGCUCCGUAUCUGAGGAUAACAUCAUGCAAGUCUGGCAAAUGGCUGAGAACAUUUACAAUGAUGAAGAUACAGAGGGCAGUGUGGAUCCAGAGGGACAGGGCUCAUAAUUGUGGCUCCUUCAUGUGUAUCUGACCUUCAUCUAUGCUUCAGAUUGUGUCUGCUGCAUCAAGCACUUGGAGAUGGGCCUUGUCUUUUUCACAUCGGGCAAGCUUUGGUUUCUUGUCCUCUGCCCUCCCCCAGUUAUUUUGCUUUUUACUGGUCUUUUAGUAAGAAAUUCCCUCAUGAUUUUUUUUUAUUUUAAAUAUAAAUAUUUUAUAAGAAAAUCAACUCUUUGUCAGCUGAUGCACACUUUUUUAAGAAAGCAACGAUGGGGAGGAAUGGCCACCUUCCGUCUGAUCCACAGACUUGAUAUCCAAGUGCUUUCCUUUUAUAUGCCAUCUAUAGAACAGUCACUGCUUCGUGCGAGCAUUGCUUAUCCUCUCAACCAGAACAACCCAACACAGCACAACUUUUGUACAUGAUACAUGGACAUUGUUCUUUUGUGAGUCUUAAUUCUCAGAUCGGACCCCCCCUGUAUUUGUUGUGCUUUACAAGCCUACGGAGUUGGGGGUGGGACGUGUCCCUGGUUAGUGUGCUGAUUUGACUCUACAUAGCAUAACAUUAAAUAAACAGAUUGGUUCUUGUUUUUAUAUA